AGCUGGUGAUGUGAGAUGGAACACGGAGCAGCAUGGCUGGCAGAUGACAAUUUCUAAGGUAAAUGCUGUGGAACGAUACCUUGCAACUAGGCUCCUUAUUUGUGAUCCACCCUGAUUUCUCAGCUGCCUGAGGGGCAGGACAAGCUGGUGUUCUGUCUGAUGUGUACCGUCGGGAUCAUCCACAGCAGGUUCACUUGCCAUCAGCAUGGAUCCCCUGGUGCUGGUUCAUAGGGUGUUACAGACUCAUAUAUCACAGUUUCACUCAGCUUUAUUUUUUGUGGCUUUAUGCAUCCAUGACUGUGUAUACCAAGAUGCUCAUCUUGGCAAGGGACUGCACUAAAGCUAAAGGAGCAGUGACAGCUUGUACUGGCUAAGGCUUUGGCUAAAUUAAAAUACUUUCCUUCUGCAAUAUUUCUGUGCAAUUGUGAAUAAUGAAAUGGAAAGGAUGGUGGGUGUAGGCUCCCUGGCUUACAGGAAGAUUCCUGGAAAACAGGUACUGAAAGUUUCGGGCCGGAGGUUUUCCUGUGCUCUCAGUAGGUGCUGCCCAGUGCUGCCCUGAGGAAAAGCAGGUUGGGAAGGGAGGUGCUGCCCUGAGGAGCAGUGCUGGGAAGGCUGCUGCCCCUUUCCUGCGGGGUGUCAGGGUGAGGCUCGUCACAAGGCCUGCUGUGCUUUCCCUGCUGUGGCCGCCAUGGAGACCUUGUCCCAGGACUCUCUGCUGGAGUGCCAGAUCUGCUUCAACUACUACAGCCCCCGCCGGCGGCCCAAGCUGCUGGACUGCAAGCACACCUGCUGCUCCGUGUGCCUGCAGCAGAUGAGGACCAGCCAGAAGGACCUGCGCUGCCCCUGGUGCCGUGGCAUCACCAAGCUGCCUCCGGGCUACUCUGUGUCCCAGCUGCCCGACGACCCCGAGGUGAUCGCCGUCAUCGCCAUCCCGCACACCUCGGAGCACACGCCCGUCUUCAUCAAACUGCCCAGCAACGGCUGCUACAUGCUGCCCCUGCCCCUCUCCAAGGAGCGGGCGCUGCUGCCGGGAGACAUCGGCUGCCGCCUGCUGCCCGGCGGCCAGCAGAAGUCGCUGACGGUGGUGACGAUCCCCGCCGAGCAGCAGCCGCUGCAGGCCGGCCUUCCCGCCGAGGCGGGCGCGGAGGAGCCGGACCGGAGGGGCGCCGUGAAAAGCUCCACGUGGUCGGGGGUGUGCACCGUCAUCCUGGUGGCCUGCGUCCUGGUCUUCCUGCUGGGCAUCGUCCUCCACAACAUGUCGUGCAUUUCCAAGCGCUUCACGGUGAUCUCCUGCGGCUGAGGCGGCGGGGCUGCGCUCCCCCGGGGCUCGGCUCGGCGGUGGUUUUGAGCGAGACGGUUCCGUGCAGCUUUCCCCAGUGACUGCAGGACGCUGUGCCGGGGCAGCCGUGCCCGGUGGCGUCCGGCCUCUCGGCAGCCUGCAGAGAAAACCACGUCCCGUGUCUGGCGGCAGUGGCACUGAGGAGGACUGCAUGUGUCACUGCAACCAUUUGUCAAAGGGACUGCAACUUCACGGUGAUCUUUUUUUAUUGUGUUACCAGAUUAAAGACCUCUAUGUAGCUGGUUAUACUGUGAAGUAUACAGUAUGGGCUCUUCUUUCAAAACAGUGUAUUAAAAUCAAAACUGCUCCACGUAGAAUUAAACAAGAACUGGCGCACAACUGUACGAGGGGUUCAAUACCGGUCCACACAUGCAUUAUUUUUAAUGAGGGGAGGGAGGGAGACUCGUGAAAUGGAGAAAUCAUUUAGCUGGUAAAGCAUUUUAUAUGUUCUAAAUGGCAUGUUAAUUAAACCAAGUUAGGGAGUUGUACAAUAGUUUUUAAAAGGAAGCAUUUUACAAGCAAUCGUUUCCUUCCUUGGUGUCUGUUUUUUGCCUCUUUUUUUUCCCCAUUUCUUUCAACUACAAGAAAGUGGUACUUCCAGCAUCUUUUACUUGCAGGAGCUUUCAAGAAGGGAUGCAGAGUGGACUAGAAAGAAUACCUAAAAGUUCAGUCAAAACAGUUCUGCCUAACUGGCUUUAUGGGAGGGAUGGCUUUGCAUGGUAAACAUUGGACAUGCUGUUUUACCUCCAGUCUGGCUGCAGACUUCCUGAUGACCUGGCCUGCAUAGCAUUAGUGAAGAAAUGGGUCAUGAGAAGUCCUAGGACUCCUGUGAGGAUGUGUAACUUAUUGCUCUUAAUUUUCUUUUUCUGCAGGUUAGGUUUACUUAAUUGUUUUUGAAGAGUUUAGACCUAUUUUGCCUCCUUCUUUCCUCGGAGUUGCAACUAAUGCACUAAUGGGUAGUGUGACAGAGGUGUUGCUCUAAGAAAAGUUCACCAUUAAAACUGAGACCAAGGACUCUUGUAUGCAGUCAUCUAGUAAGAGGUAGUGGUGUAUCUUGGAGAAGAAUCCAGGCCAGCCUAACCUCUUACUGGGUGGGCGACCCCUCCUAAACUUCUGUGGCUGUCCUGGUGUCAGAAUGUCUGGGUGAGCGUAACAGAGCCUCUUCCCAUGUUUCAGUCUUGCUAAUGUUGAUGAUGUCAUAAGGAUAGAUUUGAAAAACAAACACAGUAAGUGUCUCCCUCCACCUGUGACUGUCAUGAAAGCCCAGUCAUUUGCAGUUCACUUCUUGGGAAGAGCCAAAUUCCUGAAUGUUCACUGCAGUAGCACCUUGCUCUAAGCAGUCCCACUGUACUACUUAGAAUUACUGCUUGUAAGUAGAGCCCAGUGUGAAUUUGGAUAUUUGGCAAGUCUGAUUGCUGAAACUUACAUGAGAUUUAGGGAUUGGAUCAAGGGGCACAUGGCAUGUCUUUAAUAAGACAGAAAAAACUGUUGAUUUGCACUGCUUCUUUUUGUAAGUACAAGGCACAACCUCCCUGAAGCGUGUCUACCUACUGCUCUUUCCAAAUCUUGGAGAUUGCUGAAUGCCAUAUUAUAACAUAGUUUUGACUAUGCAGUGCCCAAGUUAGCUCCAUAGUCAUCCUUGCUUUUCUGGUUUUGUCACAAAAUCCAGUUGCCGAUUCACAAUAAACAUUCUCAGCUCACACUUCUGUCAGGAACAUGCCUCUGACUUCAUGCUGGAUUUCUUUACUUCCCUGUUUCGAAACCACCGUUUUCUUCCUUGUUUCCUGUUAACUGAAGAAUAGAAUAUAGGGUGCUUAGUUAUGAUGAUGUGUGUUUGCUCAUGUGUGGAGAGGAACCAUUGUGCUGAUUUUUAUCUACUGUCAUCUAUAUGCAUAACACAGGGGAGAAAAAAAAGUUUUCAGAAAACACACUCAAUGCCUUUUUUGUGCAAGGCCCAUGUGCAGUAUGCCUUGAUCCUGGCUUGCAAAUAUUGUAAUUACACGGACACCUCUCUGCAGCAUGUUUCAUUUGGUUGCAGUAGGGAACACCAGGUAUUCCCCAAUGUGUCUUGUGAACGUGCUCGUCUCUCGUUGCCAGUAGCUAGCCAGAUUUCUACUGACGUCCAUGCUCUGCUGCUUAUUGUGUAAAGGAAAGCCAGUUCACAAACAAUCCUGCCUUUUAUAAGAUUCCUGAGGAACUGACCAGACACAGGACUUGACCCUCUACUGCCUUAUCCUGUAGCAAUUGCUGGGUGUACCAGAAGCUUAUGGCAUAGGUGAAGGAUGCUCUGAGAACAGUGCUGGUGCAUUUUGCGCCAGCUCCUGCCUGUGUUUAUCUGAGUUGAAUGCACAAAAGCGCAAGGCAGUCCAGGAGCAGGUCCUGGCCACAGCGUGGUGGUAACGUUACCUCCUUCCAGCCAUACCUGCCCAACUGAAGCUCUUGAGGCCGAGGAUUCUCUGACAUUGCAAAGAAAGGCCCUCUCCAUCUCCAUAUGGAGAGUGCAGAAUAAAAGGGGAAUCAGAAAUUAGGUUAAAAUACCACACUGCAUAACACAUUAUCCAACAGGCAGACCUGGAGUUUAUCCGGAAUUAGUGACGUAAGUGUUACAUUAGCAGAAUACCAUGGUGUACUACGUAACAUGGUACAUUGUUUCGUUAAUAUGAAUUUCCUGUACUUUUGUGCCUGCUGAAAUGCAUGUUUGACCUAAUUUCUGAUCCAGACAUUUGCCUGCUCACAGCCUUGUGUAAGAGCAAUAAGUAAAACCUCAAGAUUCUUGCCUGCGUGUACGCGCAUGGUGUGUAUGUUCAUUCCUUUUUAUAAAUAAGAGUUCUGGAAAAGUUUUUGUUCUGGCUUUAGACUGUGACUAGAAUUUUAAACUUGCAGUUGUCAUAUAUGUUAGAUCACCUAGCUUUUUUGCUGACUUGUGUAGAAAUGAACUAAAUAGUUUGUUGUAAUGUACAGUGUUAAAAUGUUUCUCAAGUAUGUCAAUAGUCAUACUACUUUAAAAAUGCAGUGCAGUCUGUUCCAUUCCUUGGUUCAAUACCUGGCAUUAAAAAUUGAUACUGCUAAAUUUUUUUAAUUAUUAUUUUAAAACAACAGCGUUGUCUUUGUAAUUUUUCCUUUGUGGAGAAACACAUAUGGACUUGUGCCAAAAUCAUCAGGUUCCAGGUUAGCUUUUGUUCUCUGGUGUCCAGUAAGAAGUCACUGCCCAGUUCCACCAAAAAGAAAGACAGAAGCUUACUGUGACCCAGUACUGUUUGAGAAACCAAAACUUAUGCUAAAAUGUGUGGGUAAUUACUCAAGCACCUGCAUUUUUAGAGCACAUUAUUCUGUAUGAAUGUGUAUUUAUUUGCUUGUUUAAUAGGAAGGAUGGGUGUGUUGGGGUCCAGCUUCAGUUUUUUUCCUGAAUGCUCCCAACUUCCAUUGUUGGCUUGUGCUUUGCUGGCAAACAGACUUUAGAGUUCACUCUGUGAAAUUUUGUUUAGUGAAUUUUAAAAAUUCAAAAUAUGCAAUUUUGGUAUGCGGGAUUUUUUUAGGAAAUGUGUGUUCAGUGAUUGUUCAUGCUUAACCACGAUGUAAAGGAGCCUGUAUGUUUUGUAAACAUGGAGCAGUCAUGAAUCCAAAGUUUCAUCUUUACUAAUGAAGCUCAUUCUGAAUAAAACGUUAGCAGGAAAAGAAUGAUA